AUGUCUGGUUCAAACAAUUCGACCUAUCCUAACACAACUGAAGAAGUCACUUCUUACGAAUCCCUUGAAACCCGCUAUAUGCGAAUGAUUGUUGAGUCGGAUGAGAUUCCUUGGAAGUACAAUGUCCUCGCAAGCGCUGCUAACUAG